AUGACCACCACAUCGCCAGCUUUGCGAGAACAAUGCGUGAUAGUGGUUGGUUCGGGCCUCGCCGGUCUGGCAGCCGCGAGUCAACUCGUCACGAACAACGUCCCCGUGCACAUGCUCGAAAGAAUGUCCAAGCCGGGAGGAAAUGCUAUCAAGGCAUCUUCGGGGAUCAAUGGCGCCCCGACACGAUUCCAACCGGAACCUGAUAAUCUUUUCUACGACGACACGAUCAAGUCUGCAGGGGCAGCUAUCAGCCAAGGAGAUCCGGAUCGUCUCCUUAGAGAGAGUCUGAUAUCAGUUCUGACAAAGUCAUCUGCAGACGCGGUGUACUGGCUCGCGGACGAGAAGAAAGUCGAUCUGAGCAAAGUCUGUCAAUUGGGAGGACAUAGUCGACCACGAACCCAUCGUGGUGCUGGAACCAAUCCACCGGGUCGAUCGAUCAUUGGGGCUCUUUUGAACUCGCUGGAGACCAAUUCGCAGUUUCAUCUUCAUACGAACUGCAAGGUGACGAAUAUCAUCCGGGAAUUAGACGAGAUCAAGGGUGUGGGGUUUACACGCGAAGAUGGCAAGACAGAUACCCUGGUAGGUCCAGUCGUGGUAACGAGUGGUGGCUUUGCGGGCGAUUCGCAUGGGAUGCUUGCGAAAUAUCGUCCUGACCUAGCUGGAUUUCCGUCUACAAAUGAGCCACGGGAAGGGUCUCAACCUCUUCUGACGGCAGUUGGGGCAAGAUUGCUUGAUAUGGACCGUGUGCAGGUUCAUCCUACGGGAUUCGUGGAUGUGAACUCUCCUUCGUCUCCAGUCAAGUUCCUCGCAGCUGAGGCACUUCGAGGCGAAGGUGGCAUCCUUCUCCUACCAAACGGUAGUCGUUUCGUCAACGAGCUCGGGACGAGAGAAUAUAUAACAAACAUUAUCAGAAACAUCGCAUCUCCAACAACAGGAACAACCACCCUACAACAAUGGGACCUCAGCAUCGUCCUCGACGAAGGCUCCGCCGCAGCCGUCGGCUCCUCCAUCGACUUCUACACGUGGAAAGGUCUCCUCCGGAAAGAAAUCGUCAAGAACCUCGGUCCCGGAGCCAUAUCAUCUCUCCAAACAUACGCGGACGCCGCCUCCGGAAAGACCAAAGACCCAUUCGGCCGCCAACACUUCGGCCACUGGACGCUGAAAGACGUGACUGCAGACUCGGUCGUCUAUGUCGGAAAAGUCACCCCCGUCGUACACUUCACUAUGGGCGGCGUCGCCAUCAACGAGCGUAGCGAGGUCCUAGACAAAGAAACCAACCAGCCGAUCCGCGGCCUCUGGGCAGCGGGCGAAGUCACUGGCGGGAUCCAUGGUGAUAAUCGACUGGGUGGCUCUUCGUUAUUGGAGUGCGUGAUCUUUGGAAGAAUCGCAGGGGAAGGUGCAGCGGAAUUUUAUAAAGAGAAUUAUGAGUCGGGGAUGAAAUGA